UAAUGAAUACAGUCCAAGGCUGUCGGAAGGAAAGCGGCCGCGAGCGCGCGUUAGAAGGUGGCAACCGCGGCGAAAUCUCACCUGUUGAAUGCCAGGUGAAAUGUCAGCCGAUGCACCCACGUGAUUCGACGCGGCGCGUGUUGCUCUCGCGGAUCUCGGAAAGCUGUCGUGCCACUUCGGCAGCCGCGCCGCGAGCCGCGGCCGAAUCGCAAACGAUGCGAAGAUAAUAUUUCGAUCGGGGGAAUCGUUUUCUCGCGGGUAAACACCGGUACCGUUAGCCGAGCCGCGGGAUCAUAGUCGCUCGAGCCUCCUCGGAAUUCGCGAAGGUGCGCGGCACCCUGAUCCUCCUACGCCAUCUUCGAUCACCAUCUGCAGGGCGCGACGAGACUCCUCCAGUUCCAGAAGCGGUUUCCCUUUGCCGUUCCACUGGUCGACGACGAUGGACGCCGCGGACGUCUGCGACCAGGACAGCCUGAGAUUCGACGAGGCCUGCCUGCUCCUGCGAAAGGACCAGCAGGAUCUGAACGCGUGGCUCUAUUGGCUGUCCUCGGACUGCGCUGCGUGUCCGUACACUCGUAUCAAGCAGUUCGUAACGAAUUCGAGUUCCAGCGUGACCAUCGACACCAUCAGGCCGUCCACUUUGAGGGUCCUCGACGCCGAGGAUCCCAGCGAAUAUUUGUCGGCGAAGAACACCAGCAACGUGAUUUGCGAGCUGACGCCGAGUCUCGGCCAGUUCGGCGUUUAUGAGCUGUCCGUUGGAGCGGGAAGCUGUGAUGUCACGGUUCUGAAAGGACCCACGUAUGCUUACACAGAAUUCUUCGUUAUCUUCGGUGUGCUGAUCAUCGCCCUGUUCGGCCUGUCAAGUUUCAAGUCGCUAUGGCACCUGUUCCGGAAGAAAUGCGCGAAACAUCCCGCGGACGAGGCGAAGAAGCAAACCGCGAAACGUCGCGUGAAGGCGAUCGACACAGUCCGAGGAGCGAGCACAUUAUUGAUGAUAUUCGUGAAUGGCGGCUCCGGUGGUUACAAGGUCCUCGGCCACGCCACUUGGAACGGGUUAUUGUUGGGCGACUUGGUUUUCCCUUGCUUCAUAUGGAUCAUGGGAGUGUGCAUCCCCAUAGCCUUAGGCAGCCAGAUGAAGCGAAUGACGUCGAGGACCGCCAUCUUCUACGGAAUCGUCAAGAGGAGCGUCUUGCUGUUUUUAAUCGGCGUGUCGCUGAACACGGCUGCUCCAGGUCCUCGGCUCGAGACGAUCCGUAUAUUCGGUGUCCUCCAACGUUUCGGGAUAACUUACUUCGUCGUCGCCUUGACCUACCUUUGCUUGAUGUCCAAGAGGUCAACGAAGUCGCACUUCGAUCUCCGUAAUAAUUCCGAACGAAUCCGUGUACAGUCGCCGUUGCUGCGCGAGGUGCACGAUUUCUUCAUGCUGCUGCCGCAGUGGUGCGUGAUGCUGUCGAUAGUCGCCGUCCAUUGCGCCCUGACCUUCUGCUUACCGGUUCCCGGAUGUCCCACCGGAUACCUCGGUCCCGGCGGUCUGCACGACGAUGGGAAGCACUAUGACUGCGUCGGCGGGGCAGCUGGCUACAUAGACAGAACGGUGCUCAAAGAACCCCAUUUGCACCACUCCGCCACCGUUUACAACGCCGGCCCGUACGACCCGGAAGGAAUCUUGGGCACGCUCACGUCGACGUUCCACGUGUUCCUCGGCCUGCACGCCGGUAUAAUCAUGAUGUCGUACAAGGACUGGAAGGAACGUGUGAUCAGGUGGCUCGCGUGGGCCGCUUUCUUCGGCUGCGUCGGCUGCGCUCUGCAUUUCACCAACGUGAUCCCGGUUAAUAAAAAAUUGUGGUCCUUGUCGUUCGUGUUCGUCACGACGUCCUUCUCUCUCGCGUUCCUGACCGCGUGUUACCUGCUCGUGGACGUCGUUAAAGUCUGGAACGGCGGCCCCUUUCGAAUUCCGGGCAUGAACGGAUUGCUGUUGUACGUCGGCCACAUGCUCUGCUACCAAAUCUUUCCCUUCCAUUGGAGCACCGGCAACAUGGAGAGCCGCGCGCUGCGUUUGUUGGAGACCGUUUGGUGCGUCGGCCUGUGGACGGUGAUCGCGUACGUCAUGCACAGGAAACGAACGUACAUCACGCUGUGAAAGUCCUCUCCACGGGACAAUCGAAAACAGAAGAAGAAGCUCGGAACGUCGAUGAAACAGUUCACAAGACAUCUUCGUUACCAUUUAAAUUAUUAUCAAUCUGAGAGGAUUAUCAUGAAGCAAACGAUCUGCGACUGUAUCGAAGACCACUACGCAGAAUGGAAUUCCCAACGUAAUCGAAUGAAAUAUCCAGCUUGCCACGAUCUUAAUUUCAUGUACGUUCGAGUAGAUUCUCUUUCAAUAGCCAACAAUCUUCUUAUUAUCAAUUAAUCGUAAAGUCCAAUUUCCCCAGCUUCCAGCGUAGGUUCAUCUAGUUUAUAACUACUAAAUUAAAAAUUUCGCUAAGAUCAUCUCGUGGCACCGAACGAACAACGAUCGAACCGAUCGAAGGAUUUCAAUUUAAGAUCGGUUUCCAGGGUGAAAGGAUCGAAGAUCGACGGGGAACUUUACAAAUAAUUUAUUUUACACAACUUACAUUAAAUAAGGCACAACGACAGAUCGGAGGUAACGACAGUAUCGAUUGCAAACAUAACUUUCAGCCGGUUACUGCGGGGUGUCGGUUCUCGAAACGAGGGGGAGGAGAGAUUGGUGCACAACGGGGCAUUCGAUUUUCUACGUGAACAAACCGCUCGGCACGCUUCCGGGCCGCGGAUCGACGCGGCGAGUAUAUAUCGAUCGUCCCGCGACGCGAAACGGGGAAAGGACGCGGGGAACGGGGACAACGUAUUCGUAUUUCGUAUCGUUAGCGAUCAGCACACAACGUGGGACCGGACGAAAAAGAAAGAAAGAAGAUAAAACCGUGGAGGCAGAACAAGCGAAAAGGGUUGAAACUAUGGAUCCCCACUUCACGUGUCACGCGUGUAAAUGUGUCUAUUUUUACCGGGUGUCAAACGGCUGCUUUUAACCCUUUGCACUCGAGAGGAUCAGUCACCGUUUGAUUAAGUUUCAUAUAAUGCGUCAAUGUGUGAAACGUUUAUAUAAAACAGCUUUGUUUCUUAAUUGACGUAUGUUUUCUUAUUAGUUUCAAAUAGUGUCUAGGUCUAGUGACUCUCAGUCACUAUUUGAUUUGAUGUAACAAAUUACAAAAUGGUAUAUAUAGUAUUAAA